UUUUGCGGCGUAAUUUCCCCAAUUCUGUGUUUUUUCCUUGGCAGGUACAGUAAAUUCAACCAGUGUGUACUGUGUGUUUAUCAGUUUAUGCCGUUUAUGGUAAUAUAGAAGGUAUGUAUGACUGGCCUUUUCCGACUUGAAUGAUAUUAGUAUGAGCAGUAGUAUAGGCUGCGCAGCUGGAGCUAUCGAAACUUUUUUGCCUGAACCCUCGCCGAUGGACGUAAACGCCCUCAAGCUCUUAUCAGAAACUCUAGAAUCAAUAUUUGAGACCUCUUCUUUCCCAGACUUUGACUUCUUCGCUGACGCAAAGCUGGUGGCAGUAGGCGGGAAGGAAAUUCCAGUGCACAGGUGUAUAUUAUCUGCAAGAAGUCCGUUCUUUAGGAAUCUAUUUUGUGGGAAAGAUAAAAGUGUGAAACUGGUUUUGAAAGAGUUGAUGAAGGAGUAUGAGGUGAGCUAUGAUGCAGUGGUGAUUGUUUUGGCUUACCUUUAUUGUGGAAAAGUUAGAGCUUCACCAAAGGAUGUAUGCAUUUGUGUUGACAUUGAGUGCUCACAUGAAGCUUGUAGGCCGGCCUUGGAGUUCAUGGUGGAGCUUUUAUAUGCUUCCUUUACAUUCGAGAUAUCAGAACUGGUUGCAAAGUUUCAGGUAUUGCCAUAUUUUAUCAAUCAAUCAAUGUGCUUCAAUUUUGGCAUUCAAAUGCUGUUCAAUUUGGUCAUCUCCGUAAUGCAUUUAUACGUGUUCCUGUGUGGGGUUUUGUUAAAAAAUAAUAGCAAAGGAAACUCAAGGACAAGAAUAGGACCAUAUUCAAAAUCUCCAGAAAAGUGACUAACAAGACAUUUGUCACAUGCUGCUGCAGUGACCCGUCACUGCCGGUGAACCGCUGCCGCCUCCGGUAACCUGCCCCCGCCGCCAGUGAUUACCGCCUCCGGUAACCUGCCCCCGCCGCCAGUGAUUACCGCCUCCGGUAACCUGCCCCUGCCGCCAGUGAUUACCGCCUCCUGCCAGUCACAAUUACACCGCCGUCCUAGUGACACUUACACAACCACCCACUGACCACCACCGACAGUGACCUAUUUUUCCGGUAACCUAAUGCCCCGAUGACCUGCCACUGGCGACUGUACGUCUUCCCCAGAACUCCCACCCCUUCCAUCUGCCCCCAACUUUCCGCCUCAGCCCCUGCCUCCACCUACCUCUGUUUUUCCCUCUGGCCCUGCUACCACCAGUCCCCAGCCCCAGCCCAAUCACCAGCCCCGGCCCUGCCCCACCAGCCUGCCCCUAACCCUGCCCCCACUCCUCCCCGGCUCCCACGCCUCCAUUGCCCCAACCCGCUUCCCCAACAGCCUUUCCCAGUCUCGCAGCCCCCCCUCCCCAGCCCUCGCACCACCAGAAACCCUAGCGGCGGCAGCGGGAGAGCGGCGAGACGAACUCCACUUGAAACCCUAGGAUUCGCCGCACCCAAUCGCGAUCUCAAAUCGCUCCAACCACAUCCGCUUUCCUGGCUUCAAUUCGCCACCUGCGUCGAGACAGAAAGAGAAGAAAUAGAUGGGCGGGCAGCGGUGCGCGAUGAAGACGGCGGCGCAGACCUGCAGUGGUGGCGCGACAAAGAAGAAGACAGACAACAGUCAUCUCCGUCGCUGAGGUCGGCCUGGAGGCGUGAAGGAGUCAGUGGCGUGGAGGAGAGCGCUACACAGAGAGACAAAGGCAGAGAGAGAUGGAGCCAGACGGAGCUGGGAGAGAAGGGCAAUUUUGAAUUUUUAUUUGGUCUCUUUUUAUUGUCCAGACUCAAAUGUGAUCCUACAUUUCCCACUCAAAACGUAGGAGUAAUAUUUCUGUCAUUCUUUCUGUUUUAAUCGAUCUCCAUGUGUCCAACAUAAUGUUUGGUUUAUAUCUCGUUAUCUUCUGAAAUAACCUGGAUUGAUUCUUUAUUAAUUGUUCAUUUCUAACCAGAAAUCAAGGUUCAGAGGCCAAUAUGAAAUGUAUUGCGGUUUUAUAUAAUAAUGAUAGUUAUAGUUAUAUAUCAAUUUACAAGUAUGAGGUAAAAAAGGUAUCAAUUUUUUUUGCUAGGUAUAAUUUAGAGAAUCUAAGUAUCCGAGAGAUAUAUGCUAAAUGAGACUGUCAUCUCUCGUCUGAUAGAAGAUGGUCCAAACCGACCCUGACCUCCAUUGUAAUGUUCUUACUUCUUAGUUGCUGAGAACUCUGUAGAGUCCAGAUAUAGCAUUUUCAUUUGAUCAUGGUCAAGCCCAUUCAUUGACAAAUCUAAAACAAGAGAGACAAUUACACAAACCCAGGCCAAAGCUUUGGAGACUUUAAGAUUUUCAAUUCAGUACUUGGGACUAAGGUCUUGGGAGUUGGAACUCCCAAGCUUGCAGCCCCAAAACCAUAGAAAUUGGCAGAAGGUGUCUUGAGGCCAUGGACUCCCCAGGACUGCCACACCGACAUAUCACACAUGUCCCUUUCUGGUGUAGCAAUAGGCUUAAGAUUGUAACCCACAAGUGUUUUUUUGAGAAGUCACAGACUGGCUAAGUUUGUGAGGUAAGGAUGCAGCCCCAAAACUAUAGAGAUUGGCAGAAGGUGUCUUGAGGCCAUGGACUCCCCAGGACUGCCACACCGACAUGUGCCCCUUUUUGGUGUAGCAACGGGCCUAAGAUGGUAACCCACAAGUUCAUUGUUGAGGACCCACAGACUGCUACAUCUUGAAGGCAGCUUUUAGAUAUUCUAAAAAAGGCUGCUGCAGAUGAUGUAUUGAUGGUUUUUUCAGUUGCAAACACGUGUGGUAUAAGGUGUGAGGCAUUAAUGUCCAGUUGCAUGGAUAUUAUUGUCAAAUCAGAUAUUGAUACAAUCACCCUUGAAAAAGCACUGCCUUGUCAAAUUGUGAAACAAAUUACUGAUUCCCGUACAAAGCUUGGUUUGCAAGUGCCAGGAAGCAACAGGUUUCAUGAUAAACACGUGAAGAGAAUAUACAGAGCUCUGGACUCAGAUGAUGUUGAAUUGGUCAGGAUGCUAUUAAAAGAAGGACAUACUAAUUUAGACGAUGCAUAUGCUCUCCACUAUGCUGUAGCUUAUUGUGAUGCAAAGACUACAUCAGAGUUACUUGAUCUAUCAAUUGCAGAUGUGAACCAUCGAAACUUGAGGGGAUACACAGUGUUGCAUGUUGCUGCAAUAAGAAAAGAUCCUAAAAUUGUAGUGUCCCUUUUGACAAAGGGAGCUAGACCUUCUGAUUUGACAUCAGAUGGAAGGAAAGCGCUUCAAAUUGCAAAGAGGCUCACUCGUGCCAUGGAUUAUAAAAAACCUGUAGAGCAAGGAAAAACUACCCCAAAGAAUCGGUUGUGUAUAGAGAUUUUGGAGCAAGCAGAAAGAAGGGAUCCACUACUAGGAGAAGCUUCUGAAUCUCUUGCUAUGGCUGGUGAUGAUCUGAGAAUGAAAUUGUUGUACCUUGAAAAUAGAGUUGGGCUGGCUAAGCUUCUCUUCCCAAUAGAAGCUAAGGUUGCAAUGGAUAUUGCCCAAGUUGAUGGCACGUCAGAGUUCCCUCUAUCUUGCAUCAACAAGAAUAUGGCUGAUGCGUCAAGGAGAAUGACUGUAGAUUUGAACGAUGUGCCUUUCAAACUCAAAGAGGAGCAUCUGAAUCGGAUGAGGACACUUUCCAAAACAGUGGAACUAGGAAAACGCUUUUUCCCGCGCUGCUAUGGGAUUCUCAAUAAAAUCAUGGACAAUGAUGAUUUAUCAGAGAUAGCUUGCGUUGGGAAUGAGACUCCAGAAGAGCAUCAAUCAAAGAGGCAAAGGUAUAUGGUACUUCAAGAAAUUCUGAGCAAAGCUUUCACAGAGGAUAAAGAAGAGUUUGAUAGGGCUAAUGCUUCCUCAUCCUCUUCCUCAACUUCUCUGGCUGCUGCUAAUCCUGAGGGGAAGCUCCCCUUUAAGAAGCCAGGCUGGUAAAUAGUAUAGUAGGUAUCAGCAGAGAGAGCAUUUUGUCAUUAGUUGGUCUGUAAAUACCCACCACAAGUACUAAAUCACUUUUUAUUUUCUAUUUUCACUAAUCAUAUAUACAGAAUAAUAAUAUAAUGAGUUCUGCAUCCAUUCUCUGUUCCUAACUGUUGCUUUUAUUUACAAUCUUCUUCAAAA